AACGCGAGUGGCCGGCGGCGGUCCCGCUGCCCGCCCCGCACCAUGCGGGCGCCGGAGCCGGAGCCGGGGCGACCAGCCCGGCGCCCCGCGCCAUGGUGACGGGCUCGGCGCUGGGCUCCCGCAGCCGGGACCGAGCCGCGCCGCCCCGCUGCCCGUCCCCGGCGGCGGGGGGGGGACGCGGCGGGGCGGCGGCGGCGGCGGCGGUGCUGGCGGGGCUGUGCGCCCUGUGCUACGGCAACUCCCUGCGGGGCGAGUUCGUGCACGACGACGUCUGGGCCAUCGUGAACAACCCCGACGUGCGGGCGGCCGCCCCCGUGGCCGCCGCUUUCGCCAACGACUUCUGGGGCAAGCGGAUGGCCGAGAACACGAGCCACAAGUCCUACCGACCCCUCUGCGUCCUCACCUUCAAGUUAAACAUAUUGCUGGCUGGUAUGAACCCCUUCUAUUUCCACGCAGUGAAUGUAAUUUUACACUGUCUAGUGACUCUUGUGCUGAUGUACACUUGUGACAAAGCUGUGUUCAAGGACUGUCGACUUGCUUUUGUCACAGCACUGUUCUUUGCUGUGCAUCCCAUUCACACCGAGGCUGUAACAGGUAUAGUAGGCAGAGCGGAUGUCCUAGCCUGUCUACUCUUUCUGUUGGCUUUUCUCUCCUAUAAUAGGAGCGUGGAUCAGCUUUAUGUUGGGGAACAUUUCCCUCCCACUGCCUCCCCAUUCUUUUUGCUGCUUAGUUUAUUCCUUGGGACAUGUGCAAUGCUGGUGAAAGAAACUGGAGUCACUGUGUUUGGUGUGUGCUUGGUUUAUGACUUCUUUUCCCUCUCCUGCAAUGGACUCAAACUGGGAAAUGGGGAGAUCCACCAGAGACCUGCCCGGCAGUCUGCAGCUUCUCCCUCUGCCUCGCUGCCGGUCCCUCCGGCCGGCCGGGAGAACGGGAAGCAUCGCUUUGCUCACCGGGGCACCUGGAGCUCCUGCCACCCGGCGUCGCCGGAGGAGCCGCGGAGCGGUGGCCUUUCUGUGCCCAGCAAAGCCAUGUGGGCCAUUCGGAGCUACCUGACUGCAAAUAACAACCAGAAUUUCUUGUAUACUGCAAGGCCUUUUUUGAAGAGAGCUGCAUUGGUGAUAAGCUAUGUGAUUCUCGUGUUGUAUUUCCGCCUCUGGAUAAUGGGAGGAUCCAUGCCGAUGUUUUCAGAGCAGGACAAUCCAGCUUCAUUCUCACCGUAUUUACUGACGAGGUUUCUAACUUAUUCCUACCUUCUGGCCUUCAAUGCGUGGCUUCUGCUGGCUCCGAUCACCCUGUGCUAUGACUGGCAGGUCGGCAGCAUCCCUUUGAUCGAGUCCAUCUGGGAUAUGAGAAACUUAGCCACAGUGUUCCUGGCGCUGGUGAUGACGUUACUCAGCCUACACUGCAUAGCUGCAUUCAAGAAACUGGAACACAAAGAAGUUUUGGUUGGCUUGUUGUUCCUGGUUUUCCCAUUCAUCCCAGCCAGCAACCUCUUCUUCAGGGUGGGAUUUGUGGUGGCAGAACGAGUCCUUUACAUGCCGAGUAUGGGGUACUGCAUCCUUUUUGUCCAUGGUCUGAGAAAGCUGUCUACAUGGUUAAAUAAGUGGAGAAUUACUGUUCUGACCCUCUUUGCUUUACUGCUGCUGCUCUUCUCUUGGAAGACCGUGAAACAGAACGAAAUCUGGCUGUCACGAGAAUCCCUUUUCAGCUCAGGAGUGAAGACCCUGCCCCACAAUGCCAAGGUGCACUACAACUACGCCAAUUUUCUGAAAGACCAGGGCCGUAACGUUGAGGCGAUCUACCACUACAAAACUGCUCUCAAACUGUACCCUCGUCACGCAAGUGCUCUCAACAACCUGGGGACAUUGACCAAAGACGUGGUGGAGGCAAAGGACUACUACAGACGGGCCCUUCAGUUAAACCCUCAGCACAAUCGAGCUCUCUUCAAUCUCGGCAACCUGCUCAAGUCCCAAGGGAAGAAAGAGGAAGCUGUAAUCCUACUGCGGGACUCCAUCAAGUACGGCCCAGAGUUUGCAGAUGCUUACUCAAGCCUGGCCUCGCUGCUAGCCGAACAGGAACGGCUUAAGGAAGCAGAGGAAGUCUAUAAGGCUGGCAUAGAGAAUUGUCCAGAGAGCUCUGAUCUGCAUAACAACUACGGUGUUUUCUUGGUUGAUACCGGGGCUCCCGAGCGAGCUGUGUCCCACUACAGGCAGGCCAUCCGCCUGAGCCCCACUCACCACGUGGCCAUGGUGAACCUGGGCAGGCUUCACCGCUCCCUGGGGCAGAACAAAGAGGCUGAAGCGUGGUACAAGAGGGCACUGAAAGUAUCCCGGAAGGCUGAAAUCCUGUCCCCGCUGGGGGCUCUGUAUUACAACACGGGGCGGUAUGAAGAAGCGUUGCAGGUUUACAGAGAAGCGGCAUCACUGCAACCUUUGAACAGAGAGAUACGACUGGCGCUGGCUCAGGUUUUAGCGAUGAUGGGACAGACGAAGGAAGCUGAAAAGAUGACGAACCAUAUACUCAGCGAGGAUGCAGAGUGUCUGGAGUGCUACCGCCUUCUGUCAGCCAUCUACAGUAAGCAGGAGCACUAUGCCAAGGCACUUGAAGCUAUAGAAAAAGCUCUUCAGCUAAAACCAAAGGAUCCAAAAGUCAUAUCAGAGCUCUUUUUCACUAAAGGAAACCAGCUAAGAGAACAGAAUCUCCUUGACAAGGCUUUUGAGAGCUAUAAACGGGCUGUGGAGCUCAACCCAGACCAAGCGCAGGCCUGGAUGAAUAUGGGAGGCAUUGAGCACAUCAAGGGGAGCUACGUCACUGCCCGUGGCUACUAUGAGAAGGCCUUACAGCUGGUUCCAAACAGCAAGUUGCUGAAGGAGAACCUGGCCAAACUGGAUCGCUUGGAGAAACGGUUUCAGGAAGUCCAGGAGAAAGACCAAACAUAGCGUUCAGUCACCAGUGGAAAGAAACUCAUGGCCCUUGGAGAAGAGUAUGGUGGAAGCCUAUUGCUUGAAAGAACUUUGACAGGACUCAGAAUUACAGAAGGCAAAUUUUGAAUGCAUGCUUAUGUUUGACCAAAGUUACAGGAGACACUCAGCUCCUGUGGGACAUGCUGGAGAAUGAAGGAAAUCCUUCCUUUAAUCAAGAUUUAUGUUUAGGCUGAACCCAUUGUAAUCACACCAGGAGUGUGGGUGGGAAAUGUAUCUUCAAUAUCUUGGUUAUCACUGGGGAAACCAUGGAGACAAAGCACUCAUCCAUUGCAGCAGGGGUGAAGUAGCACCUCCUGUUACUCAACACAGGCUCACCUCGUCCAUGUAAAGUACCACUGAUGUGCUUCAUUGCAAGUGCUGCCAGGUCCUUCUGAGCCAGGAAAGAUGGUCAUAAUGGUCACAUAAAAAGGCUUCAAGGUGUUAAUGUUGAGGAAGUGGUGGCCACUUUUACAGCUAUAAAUGUGACUCGAAAAUUAUUCUAAAGAAAGGGAAAAUGUUAUCUGAAUAUCACCCUAGGAGGACUGAUUCUACAAGUAGGACAAAUGAUCCUUUGAGGGAAAACCUCACCUGAAUGAUUUACUCAUAAGAGAGUCAUUUUGUAGUAAUUCAGGUUCAUGAUGUCAGUAUUGUCAAAUAUCGUAUGGCUUUACCCUUUGCCCUCUCCCUCCAGGCCAAAUAAUUAUUACUCUGAAAAAAAUGGAAGCAUCCAAAGGCAAUGGGAAGCUCUAGGAUUAAUUGUCCUCCUGUCCAGUCCCCAGUAGAAAAAACAACCAAUCUGAUCAAUAUAGGAGGUAAAGUAAAGCCGCAGAGAGAGGAGGGAAUAUUUCCUAGCCUAGAAAAAGGUACUAGGGAGGCUUUUUUAUGGGUGUGCAGGGACAAAGCCCAUUUAUCAUGGUGAUAACACUGACAAAACACUUUGUCAAAGUGUUCUCAUCCCCUCCCCCAAAAGAUACAGAAAAUGACCUGUCGCUGAUCAGUCAUAAAUCUAUAUUUUUAAAUACUGAAGUGGGAAGACAAAUUCUCUUCAGAAUUGGGGCAUUUAUUUUUGAGCUUUAUUUAUUUAACUUAUAAUAAUCAAAUAAUUAAUAUAUUUUCUCUGUUUUAUACGAAUUGGGCAGUAUCCUUUGCAGCUGGCCACGUGGCUGGGUGUUGGGACUUGUACUGUCUGAAGUUAGAAAAAUGCAGUACCACCAAGACGUGCUUGAAUAACUCCCCCUAACGAUGUUUCUAAAGCAAAUGACUGCAGAGCACCUUGGACCAUAGCGUCACUGCAAUAACAGCACUUCUGCUGCUUCCACCAGGGUUUGUACCAAUUCACAGAGAGCGUUAGUGGGAUCGUGCCUGGUACUACUGCCUUUGGGUUUGGACAUCAGGGUAGGUCGUCAGUUUGUUCUUGCAGCAGGACACUGCUAUAAAAGUUGUUAUAUUUGAACUUGAUUGUGGCCAGUCCCUGCAGAAGAGCAGCCCAGGGUUUGGCAUUAUUAGUAAAGGACAGUUCAGAUCAGGUAUGCGAUGCCUUGAUACACAUCUGUCAGGAAAAGCCUGUGUGGCAGUGACCUAUGUGGCACCUGGGUUUAGUUGGUGCUGGCCAUGGCACCUCAGCAAGCUCCAAAUUCGCUCAGUGCGAUGGGACAGCUGUGCGCUGGUGGUUCUGCUGGCUUCAUUAAAAAAUGUCAGUGUCUGGCUGCUACUGGUGGUCAAAUUACUGACACAUUAUUAACGUGUCUCCCAACUGCAUUUGGAGCUCGAAGGGAGUGCAGGCUGGUGCAGAUGUCUGCCCUGCCAGGUUGUUGUGGACCUGCUAGAGCCAUGGUUGUGCACCCACCAAGAGAAGGCUGGACUUGAGGGGUACUGGUCCCCACUGGCCAGGGAGACCCACCAGUGCCUACAGCUGGGCAGAGGUGGGAGGGAGAGACGACUGUGAGGAGAAGGUGGUAACACACAUUUCUGGGCUCUCUCCCUUUGAACCGGUUUCCUAAGGGAGCAGCUGGGACCAAAUAAGCCAAUCUUUUGCUGGUGAAUUUUUCCUUCUCCCCCCAACCCAAGCUUUGCUUUCUGGGGCUGAGGGCAGGUUUGAGGUCUGGCGACUGGGUCAGCAGCCCUUUGCCUUUUUGCACAACUUUUAUGGCCGUGGACUCGCUGACCUGACAUUUCUGCAGGUCCCCAGUGCGGGCGCUCCACUGGAUGCCGUGCACAGAGGGGCUUUGCACAGCCCUGGCGCUGCCAGGAUGCCUGGGAGGAGAUGGGGUCAUGCCAGCAGCGUGCCUGCCUUCGGGGCAGCUUCACCAAAACCCCAUGUGCCCAGGCUGGCUGGCUGCCUGCAGCUGGCAGAGCAGUGUUUGGUGCAGCCCCUGACAGCGGUGCCACGCAAAGCCCCCGGGGAGGAGGCAUCUGCAGAGUGCUCUGGCAGCUAGCUGAAGCAUCAGAGAUAGGGGUGGGGGGAGAUACGUCUCAUUUAAGAAUGUGUAUCAGCUAUAAACUUUGCCUCGUAAAGAUAUAUUAAAUAAAUACUAUAUAUUCUACAAGCCCCACAGCAGUGUGGCUUUAAAUUGUGGCCAAUGAAACAUAUUUUUUCAAAUAUAGAAGCUGUAUUUUUUAUAGCAAUGCUUUGUGAGGGGGAAUACUUGGUUUUGUGUUUUUAGCUUCAGCUUCAAUCUUAGUUUGUCUUUCCUGAGAGACCUGGUAGAAAUGAUUGUCUUGUUCUUGUCCUAGAACCUGAUCAAAGCUAUCUUGACCUCCUAAAACCAGUGUAAUUGUAAAAGUAUAAUAUAGCUUUGAGUGCCCCCCCCCCCCAGAUCCUGGAGUAGGAUUACCAUUUUUGCAAUACUGUCUUACUUGGAGAAUAACGUAGAAAGAUGAGACCAUCCUCCUGGUGAGGGAGGGGGUUUGGUUGGAAGGCAUAGCGUAUGUUCAUCCACUUGCCUGAAUUAGGCAGGUAACAUAUCCACGGAGUUUAAUCCUAGUUGGACUGGAUUGCAUUUAUAUGCUGAAAGGCCAACUCUCCACAUUUUGGAGCUGGGUUUAUGGUAGUUACGAAGAGAGAAGGGCUCAGUAAUGAACCCCACUUUCCUGAACCAGCACUUUAUACCCCAUCUAUGCAGGAUGAUGGUCUGCAAACCGGCAGCAUACUUGGAGAGCAAUUCAGACCAUGAGCUACCAAAGCAGUUAAACCCUUGUGAAGUUUUGAGCUGACUCCCUGUCUCGUUGGCAUCCAUGCUGAAACACUGUGUUUGUUCAGGACAUUAAUCUUGUGAAAGGUUUAUUGCAGAUGAAGAAGAAGAAUGGAGUAUGAUAUGAAAUGGGUUACCUCCACCAAAACAGAAUGCUAUUGUGGAAGAUAAAUCAAACGACUUACCUUGUGAUAAACUGGAUAUUAUCCUAAUUAAUCAUAGGAAAUGUCCUCUUCCUCUAGCAUUGCACAGCUUCUAAAAUAAUGAGUUAUAAAUACAUUGUUUUCUGCCAACUCCAGAGCUCAGCAUGGUUAGUAGAGAUUACAAAUUAAUAAAUGGCUGAAGCUCUACCUGGGGGGGGAGAGUUCACGCUCUCUGCAAGUUGCAUUGGCUAAACCUCAGUGCUCACCAAUAUUAAAGUGGAGAUUUAACACAAAGCUGGUUAGACAGGACUUCCAUGUACUCACUGUGCAUUUUAAUCCUAAAUGAAAAACAUAAUAAUUGUGUUGCUUCUUCCUUUCCCCAUGAAUAAUAUUUUCAGGUGAUGGAUUUUGUUUUAUUUCAUUUCUUAUUUAAAGUCCAGCAUUCUUUGCUUCCAUUACUUUUCUGUCCUCCGGGAUAAAUGAUGCAGUGGGAGGCAUUUUCUCUCUCUCAUAGGCUCCUUGGACUAGAUUUUCUUACAAAUGUGCAGGCAACUUGUUUUGGCCAAGCAGUAAGUGAAUGCAGCAGUGCAAAUGGCCUUCAUUCCAGAGAUCUCGAUGAGGACGGGGGGAGUGUGCAUGCAUACACAUGGGUGGCAGAAGUUUAAGUCAAAAAAAUCCAAAAUUAAGAGCCUAACUUGCAGGGGAGGCUGGACAUCCCUAAAACUAUCUAAAAACUAUGAAAGCAUUUUAACAGUUACAGAAACCAGGCCAAAUACAGUGUACCAUAUUUGGUAAAGGAAGAUAAUUGCCAUCCUAAUUUUAAUAAUUAGGCCAUUUAGAAUACAACUGUAUGGUCUUUUGCCCCACUUGUCCUCCAGCUCAGUGUAAUAGUUGGUAUGUGCUUAAGUCUCCUCAAUCUGUAUAUGAUUAAGUUGACCAAGUGCUCAAUUUCUAUCUUUCAUAUAUGCAAUUAUGCACAAUCUUUGGAAAAAAAUCAGUCCUUAGAUGUUUUUUUUUUUCCCAACCUUCAGUCUCUUGCAGCAAUUUCAAAAUGCACCAUUUUGCUUUCAUGUACAUUUAAACCCAGCAGCAAAAAAAAGGAAAAAAAAAAAAAAAAAGGACAAAGAAAAAAAGUGCUUGGCAUUCACUAGUGUUUCAAUGUGGCAAAGUUGCUUCAGGUAAUCUUGAUAACUUUGUGCAAAAGUUCAUUGCCAUGUUUGUACUCACUUGCUGAAAUUUUUUUCUUCUGGAGAAUACCCCCUGUGGUAUCCUGUGUAAAAGUUACGGCUUCUACAACUGUAUUAAUGUAGAAAUCUCUGCCUGAAGUGGAUGUCACGCUGUGUGUUCCUCUCAUGCAGGAGUUGUUUGCAUUGCCUGUUGUUCAUAUGGUUCUUAUAUCUGUAUCUAAUUUUUUUUAAUCAGUUGCACAUAUCUUUUUUUCAAAAAAAAAAACCAAACAAAAAAACAGCCCAUGGAUUAGAACUCUUUUAAAAAUAAAUUCACACUUAGCAGCAACUGGAUGUAUGUCAGUGGUACAGGAAUUUGCAGUCUUUGCUUUUUUCACUGUGGGAUUUAUGGCUAGAUUUCGCAUAAAGGAGUUAUGCUCAAAGUCUUUGCAGAAGAAAAUGUAUGUAUAUGUCUAUUUUAUAUAAAAAGUAAGAAAAGUAA